GACUCCUUUCGCGCGCCUGUGGAUGAGCUACGCUCUGGCAGAAACUACUAGUUCGCGCGCUCGUCAGCGUUCCUUAAUCUUCUCGAGAGGAUUUAAGUGGAUUCGUGUCUUGACAGCGCUGAAGAAAUCACAAUGUUUAUCAACACCUUGACGAGGACGAUUUCUGGAUCGAUGCGUGGCCUUGCAACUCUAACCAGCGGUUCGGUAAUGGAGAAAUCUGUGAAUCGAGUAACUUUACUGGGACGAGUUGGCGUCGACCCUCAGUUACGGGGGAACGAAAGAACUCCAGUGGCACUGUUCACAAUAGCAACGAACACUAAUUACACUUACGAGACCGGUGAGGUCCAGCAGAAGACAGAAUGGCACCGAGUGUCAGUUUUCAAACCCUAUCUACGCGAUUCGAUAAUGAAGUCAUUGAAAAAAGGAUCUCGGGUGAUGGUCGAAGGUCGCCUCGCAUACGGAGAAGUCAUCGAUGCCAGAGGAAGCACCCACGUAACGUCCACAAUCAUUGCCAACGAGGUGAUAUAUCUAAGCUCGAGAGCUAAUGAGGAGCAAGAAGAAGAUUUCUCACAGAAGGAGGUCCAACGGAAUCCGCAUCGGGAUGAUCCUGAGGAGCCAUUGGAUGGCUAUGAGGCCGGUGUCAAGGCCUCGUAAAGAUUUUGAAUCAGGACUUGCUCGAUGUGGCCGAGGUCCUGAGACAGUUAUAAGUGAGAGAGUAUGUGUUGUGUCCGAAUACAGACCGAUAUCGUUACAAAUAAACAUGACGCUCA